CAAACACGUCUUUCAAAAGUCUUUUGCUUGCAAGGUGUCAAAAAGCAUUCGAGUCGAUAUUCACUCGUAAACGCACUGUAGCCAAAGAGCGCAACGAAAUCGAAUCGUGCAGGGAUAAAGCAAUGCGGCGAAAACUCCAAUCCAAGUUCGAUCAAAACGAAUCGGAUUACAGGAAUCAUUCGAUUGCAAACUGCAGAUUUAUGUGUGAACUAAUGAAAUUUAACAUUUUGAUACCUGCGGUACUAGAGAUGUGUGCUGCUAGACUAGUACAAAUUGAAAAAGACAUACCAAUCGAGUGCACGUGUGUUAUAUUGAAACACACUGAUAACGCAUUGAACGAAAGUGGCGUAUUCGAGAAGCUACACGAGUAUACAACUGCGCAAAAGCAAAAACUCUCUUCCAGAGUGCAGUCCAUAAUUCUGGAUACGCUAAGACUGAAGAAUGACGGUUCAAUGGAUUGCACCACCAGUAAAAAGUCUAUUUUAUUGGACCGAACUGAAGAAAACAGUAUUAUAGAGUCUCGCAUCGAAAACACAAAACAACCCCUUGUAAGCAAGCAACCUGUAUCAACGGUCCAAAAGAGCAAACACCCGGAGUUAAAUGUUUACAAGACCGUUAAUUCGGUUAUUAACUCGGUGACCGCAGAUAACGUGAAUACUACAAUAAAUGAGUUGUCUACUCUUAUUUCGAAUUCCGACGUGAUGAAAAAGACGAUCGACUUCAUCUUUGCCAGAGCAAACAUUCGCCCAGAAAGUGUUCCAAUGUUGGUAUGCAUAUGUUCUUCGUUGAAAAACUUGGUAGUUAAUCCAGUUGAACAACACGCGAAGCCUAUAUCGUUUAAGAAAGAAGUUCUGAUACGUUGUAACCAGGUUUUGCAGUCCGGAAUACAGAGCGAUUCGAGUGAAAACGCAUUUACGCAUAAAAAACCUUUCACAUUUGUCGGCGAAUUAUUUAAUGCAAACGUGUUAUCGGCACAUACUCUACUAGAGUUUUUGCGAAACAUACCGGAUAAGCUGACAAACAGAGGGCUUGACAAUACUUGUCGCCUACUAAUAGCAGCUGGAAAAAAAUUGGAACAAGUUUACAAUCUGAAAAAAACAAUAAGAAAAUUGACGAAUAUGGUUUCGAACGACGAGAAAGGGAUAUAUUCUCUACGUAGUACAAUGCUUCUUAAAGAAUUUGUGAACCUACGCGACAAAAAAUGGUUGUUGUAGUAGAAAUAUUUUAUGCUUACCAAAUCGAAUCGAAGGUGUUCUGUCGAUUGUACAUCGACAAACACUUCCUUUGGUGGUAGUAGUCUAUUCCCGGCUGAGUAAAAGCAAACCUAUUAUUAG